AUGUACGGACGAGACUCACCACAGCUCCCCUGGGAUUCACCGCGGCGGCGGACGCCUGCCGGAGGUUUGGCAGGAGGCGAGAUUGAACAGACGAGGAGGUUUUCUACGGGCUUCAACUAUGCUGGGAUGGACGGUUCGAGCACUUCUUCUGGUUCUGGGGGUUUUACAAAUGUUCCACCCGGGGGAGGACAUUCACGGGGAGCAUCGCAUGGGGGUUACUCAUCUGGUGCAUCGGGAGCUAGUGCGGGAAAUAAUGGCGGUGGUGAGAGAACGAAUAGAGAUAAGGUAAACCAGAUCAUACGGGCUUUCUUCACGAAAGCUGCAAUGAUCAUCAUACAGACACGAGCGCAGACUAGACCAUUGACGUCGAAGACUGGUGUUAAGAAGGUUAACAAAUGGUUCAAUAUCGAGCUUGACGAGACGGAUGCCUUUCGAAGGGAGUUGGAUUUGUGGCGGUAUGGAGACUCGUUCGAACCGCGACCUCCACCGUUAAUUAUUGAGACUUAUCUCGAUACCAGAGAUCUGACAGCGAACCAAUCCUUGGUGAUUUUAGAUGCCGAUGGAAAGAAAUGGAAUGUGGACGAGGCCACGGACGCGGCCGCGGCCCGAGCUGGAUUGAAUGCGGAACCCCGAAGAAGUGUGCGCGGGGGGCCCGCUAGACACGAAGUAAUAUUGGAAAGGUGGACAGUAGAAUUGGGUGCUCCGUUUGACGUCGCGCUUGCUCCAGAGCUCCCCGUUGUUUAUAAGAAAGGUAUAGUAAUGUUUCGUGCAUUGUAUACAUAUGCCGGGCUUAUGCCUACUUGGAAAUUUCGUCGGCGGUUGUUGAGAUCCAAGCUCAACCCGAGCCCGCUGAAGGUUAAUUGUCGAGUCAUCAAUGGGAAUGACUAUUCACACACCCCGAAGGAUUUUGAUCUUUUGUAUGUGCCGUUGUGUCAAGGCGAGGGCAACGUUGUUGAGACGUAUCAGAUUGAGAAAGUGGACAGUCCGGCAGGUUCUAUCAAAGUUCGCGUUUCUUAUCGACAAAACUGCGAUUUUAGGGUGGAUGACUCAGAAGCCUUGCUGAGCUCCCAGUUCUUGAACUUGGAUGAACACUUCUUCCGGCCGCCGCCUGCCCCAAGAAACCCCUCCCAGCCUUCCAGAAGAGAAAUGAGCUCGCUGCCAUCUGCUGGUAUGAAUCAACCUCCGAGGUCCGAGUUCAACCAGACUUACGGGAGUUUGUCAUCGUUUCACCAACAGGGUACCAAUCCGAUUGGGGCGAGCCCGUUGUCUGCCCUACGAUCUGCUGCAGAAAUGGCUGAUAGGGCAUCCCCUACUGGUUCGCCUAUUGAACGACCUACAACCGGCUUGCGGUCAAUGCACGGAUCGAAAGCGUCUCUCAGGAGCGUGGAUGGGGGUGGUGCACAGCGUCGAUCUUCCGUGUCGUUUAUGCAGCCGUUCAAGUCUCCUUCGUUAUCAGCUUCACCGGCGAACUCUGAACAGGUAGCAUCAUCACCGAGGACUUCCCUAAAUCGGGUAUCAGCUCCUGUAGCUCCCCUUCAUCGACAACGGCCAAGCCUCGGAGCUAUGCCCCCAUCGUCCGGUAAAAUGCCGCCGCCAAGUUUUGAGCCGAUAUCUGCCCAGCAUGCUAUUCCAAUUUCGAAUGCUGGGCCUUCUCCGUUAGCUGCACAGCCUAUGACUCGAAUUACAAGUAGCUUUGGUUCGCGUCGGCCACGUAUUGCUUCAGGUGCCAGUCGCACGGACGAUGAUAAUAAUAGCAGUGGAAAGGCUAGCUAUUCCUCGUCGGCCGCUCCUGGGUCCGGUCUCUACGCCGACACUGGAGCCAAUUCCAAUGAGGAUCUGCAAAUACGAGAUUUUAUGAGGUUAUUGGCCAAUGGCCAAAAUCAAACAUUGAAGAGUUUUGGAAACUCUUCAGGGGAAGCUUCGAGUAAACGGACUGGAAAUGCAUUAUCAAAGUAUCAGAAGAUGAGAGAUUCGCACAUAAGUAUGGCGGACUCCAUAUCAUCAUCCCUCCUUCUUCAGCCAUCUUCGCCCUCUCCCUCGACAUCGAGCAGACAUUUGUCCAAUGUUCCUGCAAUGAUGCCUUCGACUGAGUUUUCGUCUUCCUCUUUACCUGGAAAGCCUAUCUCUCCGCAUACCCCUCAUACGCCCGCUAUCCCUUCUAGGUUGAGUGCGGGGCUGACUGCGCAGCAUGCAUCGCGGCACGGCGAUCAACAGGGCCAUUCAGGGAGGAUAUCGUUGGGCAGUGGAGACAGGCCUGAGCGCACCCCGAGCUCUAGGGCGAGUAGUAGUUCUCGCCUGACAACCGCUGCUACUACAUCUCCCCUUGACAUACCAUCCUCUCCUCGUCCUUUUGGUCCGCGUCGGUCAAAUUCCGUGUCUCAACAGCAACAGCGCCUUGAUAGUGAUUCCCUUGGUUUUGAUCCACUAGUUCCCUAUGGCCCGGAAAUGCGGCAGAGCGCUAGUCUCGGUAGUAUUGACACGGCUCCGCUAAGUAUGAGCCGCCUUUUGGACCUUCAGAACGCAUCUGCGACUAAUUUGCCCGGGACUUCGGAAUCCGGGCCUGAAGCGCGCGAGGAUAACGACAGGGAUGACGCUCCUGCGUUCGGCCCCAUAAGAGCGUCACAGGCCGAAGGUGAUGUUCCCCGGUUUCAGCAGCGACGUACUACGUCUCAUAGAGGCACUGCAUAUUCAAGCUCUGGGUCCCCCGGGCAUUCGUCUCGCGGAAGGGUUCUAUCUAGAGGAAGGGGCAGUUCAACUCCUCCCACUACUGGGUCGGCAUCCAGCUCCGUGGGGGGGGGAACCCGCCCGUCAGGAGGACGAGCGUUCGGCUACACGAAGCCCGGGGCCUACGGCGAGGAAGACGACCUCCUCUUCACGAUGAGCGAUAUGUCAGGUGCCCAACAGUCUCGUAGAAGCCUGGACCAGGAGCGAGGCGGCAGGGACGGCUCAACCGGAUCCUCUGCUCGACGAAGAGGUAGUCGUGGUGGGGGCGCAGGAAGUAUAGGGGAAGGCUCAAGGGGUGCCGGAUGGAGUUAAGGUUAUCCAGAGGUCCUCUCUUUUUUUCCUUUUUUUUCACCCUCCCUCAUUGCGAAUGGAAUCCCCCGCUUUUGGGUUUUUGAGUAUUUUUUCCUGUGAGCUUUUUUGGAUGGAGUCACAUAUAUAUGUUUUUACGUUUUGGCGCUUAUCAUUAUUUAGGAUGCCCUGCUUGUUUACUUGAUUUGUUUUUCACUCUUGUUUUCUCCCGUUAUCCGUUGGCCGGGUGGUCGUGCUACUAGUUGUUUCGUCUUUUCUUCCCCCUCUCCAAUUGUCCUGCUGUUAUCUUAUCACUUCUGCUGCCGUUACCUUUACAUUGCGCGCGGAGGAUUUGCGCUCGCCGGCCCUUGAUUCCUUUAUUAUUAUUUUCGAUAAAAAAAACCGUUUUAUACUUGGGAGACUUUUUCCUUUUAUUUCCUCUUUUUUUUCUUUCUCUUCUCCGGCAUAGAAUGCGGUUAUGACGACGGCGAGGAAGUGGAUAGUAGUAGCAUGACCAAGAGAAUUGAGGAGGAUUGGAUACUCGAUAUGGACAUGGGGGGUGUUUUUUUUUGUUGCUAUGUCUGUUUGCCUGGUUUGUCGGUUGGUUGGGGGUUCGUUCUCCUCUCUCUCUCUAUCCUUGUCUGACUAGUGUUUUUAUCUGUCCUUGGCGGGAUUUCUCAAAUUUUUCAUCAAUUUUAUUCGAUGUUUCCUUCUGUUAAUGGAUGGGGCGGCGAAAGGUAGAUUGUACAUAGGAGUGUAUAUCAGAUUGGUUACUACCUA